AUGCCGCCCAGCGAGGGAAGGGGCCGUAACUUGUGCAUCUGGUUUAUCUCCUGCCUCUUCUUUCUCGUCCUCCUCGCUGGCGGAGCUUUCCUCGUGCUCUACAUCACCUUGCCCGAAACCAAAGACACGGCCUGGUUCCCGAUCGUAGGGAUGACCCUGGUGACCGUUCCGUGGAUGUUCUGGUUCACGACGUGCAUCUACCGGUUCGUCGCGACGGGGAAGGAAGGAGGAGCGAGACCGGUGCCGACCAGAGCUGCUUCGAUGUCCCCAUCUGGCGGCGGUGCGGCCGCCACCGGUGCAGCAGCCACCGCCACAGUCGACUCACCUGUUAAUUCCCCGGGCGACGCGAGGAGGGUGAGGUUCGGCAACGCCACCGUCAUGGGCACGCAGAACGACGCCGACGGGGCGGGAGGGCCGGCAGGCGCUAGUGGGUCGCCGCCGGGAGAAGAGGCCGAGGAGGACUCGGAUGCCACACUCGCGUCGAGCGAUGGUUCGUCUCUCAACUCGCACGAGAGCGAAGUGCCUCUGGCUUUCUCCAUGUCUUGA